AUGGCCCAGCUCUCCGUCAAGGAGCACCUCGAGGGCAUCCUCUCCGACUUCGAAGCGCUCGAGAAGUCGUUUGAGGCGGAGGAUGGAGCCGAGGGGCCCCUCUCGCCACCCCGCAGCCGCCUGGGCAGCAGCCUCUCCUUCAGCAGCGGCGCUGGCCCCGCCGCCCGGCCCAACGGUGCCGCCGGCCUGGCCCGCGUCUCCUCCUUCCAGAGCCGCCGCGGCCCCAACGGCGUCGCCGGCCUCCGCGGGCAGCCCGCGGGCAGCCCCCCGGCACCACCCGCCGGCCCCGGCCUGAAGAAGGUGCUGGCGCAGGGCAGCGUUCCCGCCGGCGAUGCCGAGCGCCGCGGGCGCCUGGCCGCCUCGCUGCCCGCGCUCGACCUGCACAUCGCCGAGGAGCCGGGCACCCCGGCCUCGCCGCCGCGCGCUCCCACCCGGCCCCUCGCCUCAGAGCCGCCCUCCCCCUGGCCCGGCCGCCCCAUGGAUGCCGCCCCACGGAUGCCGCCCCGCACGGGCCCCGGGCGGGCACCCCGCACCGCCGAGGGUCCCGCCGAACCGCCGCUGGUGCCCCGAGCUGCCGCCUUCAAGCUGGUGUCGCGGCCGCAGACGGUGCAAGUGAGCUCGCAGCCUGCCUUCCUCGGGGGGCUGGUGCUGGGGCUGCCCGCCCCGCCGCCGCAGCACGGGAGCAGCCUGGAGCCCCCGGAGCUGGGCAUGGAGCCGCCGGCAGCGGCAGCGCCCGAGGAGCUGCCCCCGGGCACGCAGCCCGAGCAGGGCRGCCGCGAGCUCUUCGGCUACGUGGGCAUCGAGGCCGUGCUCGACCAGAUGAAGAUCAAGACCAUGAAGACAGGCUUCGAGUUCAACAUCAUGGUCGUGGGGCAGUGCGGCCUGGGCAAGUCCACCAUGGUGAACACGCUCUUCAAGUCCAAGGUGAGCCGCAAAGCCACGCAGCCCGGCCGAGAGGAGCGCAUCCCCAAGACRGUGCAGCUGCAGUCCGUCACCCACGUCAUUGAGGAGARGGGUGUGAAGAUGAAGCUGACCGUGACAGACACACCGGGAUUUGGCGAUCAGAUCAACAAUGAGAAUUGCUGGGAGCCCAUCAUCAAGUACAUCAACGAGCAGUACGAGAGGUACCUGCGCGAGGAGAUCCUCAUCACGCGCAAGAGGAAGAUCCCGGACACCAGGGUGCAUGGCUGCGUCUACUUUGUGCCCCCCACGGGCCACUGGCUGCGGCCCCUCGACCUGGAGUUCAUGCGGCGGCUCAGUAAGAUYGUCAACGUGGUGCCCGUGAUCGCCAAGGCCGACACGCUCACCCUGGAGGAGCGCGCCGAGUUCAAGCAGCGGAUCCAGAGGGACCUGAAGGCCCACGCCAUCAGCGUGUACCCGCAGGAGGACUUUGAYGAGGACCCGGAUGACAGGGCCCUGAACGACAGGAUUCGGGAGAAGAUCCCAUUCGCCGUGGUGGGGGCAGACCAGGAGCACCAAGUGAACGGCAAGCGGGUGCUGGGCCGCAAGACCAAGUGGGGCAUCAUCGAAGUGGAGAACCCAGUGCACUGCGAGUUCCCCAUGCUGCGGGACCUGCUCAUCCGCUCCCACCUGCAGGACCUCAAGGACAUCACCCACAACGUGCAUUACGAGAGCUACCGCGUGCGGCGGCUCAACGAGAGCAACCGCCUGGCGCUGAGCCCUGUCAACGGGCUGCAGGGCAAGGACGAGGACGACAGCGACCUGUGAGCGGCCGCGCCGAGGACGGGCAGCGGCGGGGAGCAGAGCUCAGUCCUGCUGGGAGCCGCCACGCGGGACGGGGCCGUCCCCUCCGUACCCCCUUUGCUGGGACACCCCAACCUGCCACUCUGCUGGGACCUCCCGUGCUCCCCGCCUGCCCCGCGCGGCC